AUGAUGGCAGGCAGAGGAGCCGGCAGCGGCCUGCCGGUCUUGCUGGCGGCGCUUCUGGUGGCGAGUGCGUCCGGGAACGUGGUGACCCCCGCCGGCCUGCCCGCGGCCCCCUCCGAGGCCGGCAACUGGCGGCUCGUCGGCAAGCUGCUCCUGGACUGUUCGCGCACCGGCGACCUCGUCGGCUGCCUCAAGGUCAAGGCCGUGGCCACGCUGGGCCGCGCGCUGUCCUCGGACGCCGCCAUCCCGCUCAUGGAGGACCUGUCCCUCGCCAAGGACCCCGAGGCCGUGGUCGACGUGCCGCCCACCCCACAGUCGGAAACGGACCUGGAGGCGACCCUGCCGCGGUCGCUGGACGAGCGGGCCAACCGACUGGACAAGAUGCUGCUGGAGAGGCUAGAUGCGUUCAUCCGCUCCAGGACCGUCCAGUUUAGCGUGCCCCUCGGCAUGGGGAUGUUCGAAGGGCGCGGGAAGGGCGGUCUAGGUGGCAAGAAGGGCAUGGGCGGCUACAUCCUGCUGCUCAUCGCCGGCAUGAAGGCCAUGAUGAUGCAGAGCGCCAUGGGAGGCAUCGCCAUGAUGUCGGGCAAGGCGCUCAUCAUCGCCAAGAUCGCGCUGCUGCUGGCGCUGCUGUGCUGCCUCAAGAAGGGCGGCGGCGAGGAGUCCAAGGCCCAGAUCGUGUACGCGGCGCCCGCGGAGCACGGCGGCGGCGGCGGCAGCGCCGGCUGGCAGAGCGGCGGCGGCGGCGACUGGAACCGGCGCUCCGCCACGGACCCCAACAACUACGCGCAGAGCUACGCCUACAGCGCGCACCAGCGGUACUGA